AUGUCUUCAACCGCAUCCCUGGCAUCCACGAGCUCCUGGCCCACCAUCGUCCAGAAGCUGGACUGGCCACGUGGUGGUGUUAAAUUUCACUAUGAAGAUCGCUAUCUCAGCCCGGAGAAAUUGUCGCUCUGGCUGAGAAAGGCUUUCGGUCCUGGCAAUGGAAAAUAUGUGCCGACAAAUAUACUUGCGGAUGUUGUCCGAGAAUGUCGACACGGCAUUAGUGACCCCUUGUCGCUCGAGCUUCAAGUCAGCAAACCGGCUGAAGUGGCCUUCCUCUACCGGACCACAGCUCUGAUCAGGCUGAACAUACAAUUCCCAACUUGGACGAACGGAUGA